AUGCCACAGCCACCGUCUGCACCACCGCCACCAGAACUGGUGGCGAAAAACAGAUUCUUAGGGUUUCUAAUUUGGCAAACCUUCGCUUCCACCACCAUUUACUUUUUCACAAAACUCUUCCUGCUCUGCUUUUUUACCACUCUUAAAUUCUCACCAUCUCAACUUUUUCUUUCACUUCUCAAAAUUUUUACUUUUACCUUCUCUAACCUUCUCUUCUCUUCUUUUCAAUCUAUCCUCUCCUCUCCACAACCUCUCCCCUCCGCGUCUCCGCUCCAGCUCGCCGUCGGUCUCGUCCGCUUUGCAUUUGUGUCUUCGCCUGCGGAGCCUGAGUUCCGCCGCCGUGCGUUGGUUUCGGCGAGAUUUGUGGUGUUUGUGGUGUUUGCUGGGGUAUCUGGGGUUUUGUCAGUGGUGUGUUUUUGUGGUUCUGAUGGGUUUGAGCUGAUUACGAGAUUAGGGUUUAGGGGUUUUGUGUUUGGGGUUUUGUAUGGGUUGUUUUAUGUUUAUAAAAGAAGAUGGGUUUUGGAUUUUCCGAUCAUUCAGCGUCCUCUUUUCUACAGCUUCAAGAUGGGACUUCCUUUGGCUAUUAAACGAGCUAUAAAGCUUUCGAAUGCAGCUUACUUAUUCUCAGCCGUGCUGCUAGUGUUUCUUCCAGAGCAAUUUAAGAGUGGAGGGACAAUGGGGCAGUUCAUCACCGAGCAGAUCAUUCUGUAUGUUGGGAACUUUUCUGUGGUUCUCUGUUGGGAAUUGAGUCACCAUUUACAUCAGGUGCUACACACAAAAAGGUUCUUGUUUGCACCGCCAAAAGGUUCUGCAGCAGCAGAGACAAAUCCCAGCGAGCCUCUCCUUGCAGCCCUUGAGGAGAGCAUUCCAGAUUCUCUUCCACAGUAUCUUGCAUAUCUUGAUCUCUGUAUGGUUUGUGAGAAUAAUGUAGACACUUGGCGUCGAGCUGCAUUUUUUGAAGAAACUGGUGAAACUUACAGAAGAGUUGUUGCUGCAUGCUUGAGGCCUCUGGAACAGCUUACAUCUAACUUGAGUGAAGGCUUGGAAGUUGACAAGGUACAUCAACUAUCCAAUCAAUUGCAGUCGCCAACUGACCCUCAACUGGAUUCGAAGCAUUGUGAACUACUAAACAACUUCCAGAAGUAUGCAUGGUGUGCCAGGGCAGUAGCCUCCUUGACUGCAUGGUCACAUGAGGAGGACAAAUUUGGGGUUGCGCAACUCACUGGUAGCAAUGCUGCUGUUAUCUCAACACUUAUCUCUAGCCUCCUUGCUGUUGAAGCUUUCAUGGGGAAGAAGACAAGCUUGCAACCCCAACAGUUGAUGGGGCCAGCUGCUAUUAAAUGGAAUUCUCCAAACACGGGAAGAAGAGAUGUUGUGACAACGAAAAAACGAGGUGGUCCUCUACAUGCAAAAGCCUAUGCCAUGGCUGAUGUGCUAAGGACCUCAAUCUACGGCAUUGUGUCUGCUUUCCACGAUGAGAUGUUCGCAAGUGCUAAAGCAGGUCUUCUUGAGAAGGACUGGAUUACUAAAGGCAAGCCCCUUUUCGGAACCUACGAGCUGCUCGUGCAGAAAUUGCGUCAUUUCCUGGAUUUUCGAGCUAACUAG